AAACAUUACCAAAAACACCAUAGUUACAUGACUACGAUAUUUCCCUGAUACACUCUCUCAUUUUGGUUUACCUUCAUCUUUGAUUUUAUUUUCAUCACUUUCAAAAUGAAGAUUUUGGGUGCAAGGUCCCUUCAUCUUGUCUAUGUACUCCUUAUUUUACUGCGUAUGCAAACUUCAGUUGGAUCCAAUUCAACAAUAGCUGAUGAUGGAGUUAAGUGCAUAGAGAGCGAAAGACAAGCUCUUCUUGCAUUUAAGCAAGGUCUGGUUGAUGAAAAUGGAUGGCUUUCCUCGUGGGGCGGUGAAGAAGAGAAAAAGAAUUGCUGUGAAUGGGAAGGAGUUCAAUGUAGCAACGCAACUGGGCACAUCACUAUGCUUAAUCUAACCACAUAUGUGUAUGAUCAUGAUUUUAUCUUAAGAGGUAAACUUAGUCCUUCUCUGUUUGAGUUACAGCGUUUAAUUUAUUUAGACCUCAGUGGGAAUAAUUUCAACUUAAGCCACAUUCCAGAGUCUAUCAGUUCACUCAACAAAAUACAACAUCUUGACCUCAAUAGUUGUAAUUGAAGUGGAUCUCUUCCUAGUCAGCUUGCAAACCUCACAAGUCUGCAAUAUCUUGAUCUUGGCUAUAACAACUUCAACAGUGUCAAAAAUCUUGAGUGGCUCUCUCGUCUUUCUUACUUGCAAUACCUUUAUCUGAAUGAAAUCGACCUUAGUGA